AUGCGUGUGUGUGUUUGGCUACUGCCGAUCAACUCUUCCACUUGUGACAGUGUAUGCCCUAGGUCAAACCUUGAAACAAGAGCAUGCUACAUUCACGACUGUCUAGAUUUGCGAAUUGAAGAUUUAUCAGUAGGAAGUCACAAAUGAAUUACUAAUCAACAAUCCUUUUAAUUUGGAACGAUUUUCUUUACAGUUGAGUACAAUUCAGUCGGUUGUUUUAGAGACAGUCAUCCCCACGCUCUCCCGUUGUUACUAAAAAGCUUCCGGGGUAACAUCGAUUGGCAUGACAUGACGAAAAUCGUUCGAGCAUGCGCAGAGAUCGCCAAGGAGCGUGGCCAUCCCGUGUUUGGAAUCAAGUUUUACGGAGAAUGUUGGAGUGGACUGGACGCUGAAAACACGUACAAUAAGUACGGACCUUCCCGAGACUGUUGGAAGGGAGUUGGAAAGGAAGGAACCUAUUAUGUGUACAGAAUAUGA